AUGCCGCGCAGAAACCACAAAAAGUCGCGGAACGGCUGUUUCGAAUGUAAGCGGCGCCAUGUAAAGUGCGAUGAGAGGCGGCCCAUCUGUGCCAACUGCACUACCUCCGAGCGCGAGUGCCAAUACCUAAGCAGCUCUAAGUUCCUGGUUGCGAGAUCGAUUUCUCCGGCAUUCUCAGCAACGCCAAUUGGAUCUGCUUCCCCGGCAGCAGAAAGCCCGCGGGCGGCUUCCGGUGACCUACCUGUGAAUAUGCUCCAUGUCGAGCUCUUGCACAAUCUGUAUACCAGAACGCAGGCAACAUUCGACCCUACAAGGUCCAUAUCAUGGCUCGGAGAAAUUGUUUCUCACUCGAUUACCGUCCCGUACCUUGUCAACGCGAUGCUCGCCUUCAGUGCACUACAUCUCAGCACUCUUCACCAAGACAAACGCGACUUUUACUACUACCACGCUGCCCAACUCCAAACACACGCUCUUACCAUAUUCAAAGAAACUAACGCCGAAGUCACGGAAGAAACAUGCAUCCCACUCUUCCUAUUCUCCUCUGUACUCGGAGUCCACAUGCUCUGCGAUACCAUGAUUUACCGCGGAAACAACUUUGACAAUUUCCUCACCAGAUUUGUGCACUAUUUUCACCUGCACCGCGGAGUCCGGACAAUAGUCGGAGAAGCAUGGUUCAUGCUCAACGACUCUAUCGUCAAACCCGCCUUCGACAUCGGAAAGGCCCUUUAUACAUCGGACGGGCAUCUAGGGCCGGUUUGUGAGAACCUUCUCAACCUCAUUUCGUCGGCAAAGUUGGGCACCGAACUCACAGCUAUCUAUCGGCAGGCCAUCCAGUACCUCCAAUCGUGUUACAAUGUGGCAAGCCGGGAUGAUAACCAGCAUGCGGGCAUCAAUGGCGCAGUGGCUUGGCCGAUCCUUGUCAAAUUGGAGUUCAGCGAUCUAUUGCAACAGAGGAGGCCCGAAGCGUUGAUUAUCCUCGCUUACUAUGCGACUUUGUUACAUCGCUUUCGGGACUCGUGGCUGUUUGGGGAUUCGGGAAGAGCACCGGCCGAUUCUACGGCAUCUGCGAUGUCUCAAGCAUAUAAUGGCUGGGCUACAGAACAGCGAUAUACCGACGCUCCCAACAAUGCUCUUCCCACACGAAACUCUUCAACACGCUCCUCUUGA